AUGGCUCCGAAGCGCUCCAAGAAGGUAGUCGGCACUGUAGUGAAGACCACUAGGAAGCUCGUAAAGGAGACUGUCGAGGUCGACGUCGACAUAGUAGACGGCGAGGAGCAACAGAAGGUCCCUGAGAUAGUCGUGGUGGAGAAAGGCGACGUUGGAGUGCCAGUCGUUGUCGUCCUUCCCACUGUAAAAACCAGUAAAGAACAGGAAAAGAAGACUGAAGACAGAGAAGAAACUAAAGAGGACAAGACAGAGGAGAAGAAGAGGAAGAAGAGGAAGAAGAAAAGAGGGAUCAAUGUAGGUGUGGCAAGCAGCGGUUACAAGAGGUAUGUGUUCAGAGUGUUGAAGCAGGUGCAUCCAGGAAUGAGGGUGUCAGCGCAAGCUAUGUCGGUGCUUGAAGGGAUGAUGCGAGAUAUGUUCGAGAGGAUUGCAGAGGAGGCGGCGCAGCUGAACAAGUAUACCGGUAAGGUGACAUUAUCGUCGAAGGAGAUACAGGAUGCUGUGCGUCUCAUAAUGCCUGGUGAGCUCGGCAAGCACGCCAUUGCUGAGGGGGUGAAGGCUGUCACAACCUACAUGGAAAAAUGA